AUGCAAUCCAAACAGGUUCUGGAUCCUCGCGAAGCAAGACCACUCCCGCCCAGAAGACAACCUUCUCGUCGUUUUAUCACCGUUGAUAGUGUUCUUCAGUAUGCUUCUGAUAUCCCCUCCAUGCAGAAGAGACAGCCCCAGAGACCUCGACCAUUCCGAACGGGCUCUGGCCAUCCUGUAGAUCCCAGACUGACUGGUCGCUACACCGCAUCACAUAUGCCCUCACGAUCGACCAAAACAUCGGAGAAAUUGGUCUUGUUGCCCGAAGCCGUCGAGGAAGAAGAAGGGAAAGGUGACUUCGGUGCCGAUACCGACAAAGGCCCGCCCAAGGAUGACGAGGACUAUCGUAAGCCAGGGAGAGAAGGAGUGAAAAGCUAUGCCGAAAGGCUGCCCAAGUCCCGACGGACAGAAAAGGAACUCCCCAGAGUGACAGCAUACUGUACGGCACAAGCAUACAAGUUGCAUUCCACGGCCACGUUCGUGCGACAACGCCACGGCGCCAGAGCCAAACUCUAUGAUGACUGCCUGUACUGCGCAUAUCAUUUACCACUUUUGCCCGGGAAUGAGGGCUAUCGCGUUCGAAGCAGUCCCCCCGUCAAGAGUGCGAAAGGAGGCACGGUGUUGGACGAAGCCAUUGAACGCAGUGAACGACGAGACUAUCAAGAACCUUACUAUGCCGAGGAAGAGGAACAACAUUUGGUCCGGGGGAACUAUACACCAGAAGAGCAAUCGAGUGAUACGCACCGACAUACCGGCGACAUGGAUCCCCCUCAAGUCAAUGGACAGCGAAGAGACAGCGAGCAAUCCCAGAGCCCAGGAGCAAGUGUACCCGUGGAUGCAUACCGCUUCGCCGAGAUGUUCGUCUUCAGUUAUGGAGUGGUUGUCUUUUGGAAUUUCACCGAGAGACAAGAAAAAGAUGUCCUGGCUGAUUUUACAUUCUCGACCGUCGUGGACCCCAAUACCAACAUGGUAUCGCCGAUUUCUCUGACAUCCAAUGCAUUGGAUGAGGAAGAUUUUGAAACAGAGGAAUUCCAUUUCGAGUAUAACAAUGAAAUCUCUCGACCACGGUUAUAUAACGACAUGAUUACCUUGCGAAGUGGAGACCACAUGAUCAAGCUAGCCAUCAGCCACGCCAUCGCGCAAAGCACCAAAUUAAGCUUCUUCGAAGAAACCAUGGCAGCGCAAAUGGAGGCGGCGAAAGAUGUCCCCGGACGAUUGGCCAAAACGGGCGAACUUGGUCUGAAGCGAGAAGAAGUGAUCAAGUUGCUGGGUGGUCUAUUCAAAAGUCGUGUGGAAGUCAACCUAUCAUCGAAUGUGCUCGAUGUACCCAACCUGAUUUGGGAUAGCGAGCCAACCCUGCAUCCGCUCUACAAUGCGGUCCGAGAAUAUCUCGAAAUCAAGCCUCGGAUUCAGGUGCUCAAUGAACGAUGCCGAGUAUUUCUAGAUCUGGCCGAAGUGCUGUCAGACUACAUAUCGGACAACAAAAUGUCGCGGAUAACCUGGAUUAUCAUAGUGCUGAUUGGAAUCUCCAUCCUGGUCACCUGCUCGGAAGUAUUCCUCCGUUUUGGGAUUUUGAGCACGCGAGGGCCUGGGAAGGACCAUUAG